GUUCUUUGGAAUCAUAUUGGAAACUUCAUAGAAAUAUGUGAAUUUGUCGAGUAAUAUACCUGUAACUUCCCUAGUGAUAUUUGGGAAAUUUCGGAUGCGUGCUGCGCCCUUAAAAAUUCAAACGCAAAAACGUAGUCCCUCUUGAGUCUGAAGAUUAACUUAACACUGAGAUGAUAAAACGAAAACUUUAUGUGACAAAUAUAAUUUAAAAAAUAAUUUUCUUUGCAUUUACUGAAAUUUUGAUCGUUUAUUUAAUUAUUAAUGACCAAGCGUAUUUUUAUUUCAUUUUCACCCGGUGUUUGUGAGCUGCCGUGUUUAGCCAACCAAUAAACUGUUUGAGAGGGAAAUCUAGAAAUAUUCAAAACUAUUUUUACUGGUGGAAAUAUGCCGUCAAAUGUUGAAAUCAAGGCUAGGGUGAAAGACGUCGAACAUCUCAAGAAACUUGCAGCACACUUUAGCGGCAGCGAGCCAACAGUUAUAGACCAAGAAGACACAUUUUUCAACGUACCGAAUGGUCGACUUAAAUUGAGAAAGAUGAAGGGACAGCAAUCACAGCUGAUUUUCUACAAGAGAAGUGACGAGACAGGCCCGAAGUCUUCGGAUUACAAUUUCUUUCACACGGAUGAUCCAGAGAGCCUAGAGACGACCCUACAGUCGGCCCUUGGAGUGAAGGGAAAAGUUAAGAAAAUUCGGCUUCUCUAUCUGGUUGGUCAGACACGUGUGCACGUGGAUAAUGUUGAAGGACUGGGAAAUUUCAUGGAGUUAGAGGUUGUCAUGAAGGAUGGUCAAAGCGUAGAAGAGGGACAAGCAGUCGCCAAUGAAUUAAUGAAGAAACUGGAUGUACACGAAUCAGAUCUUAUUUCUGGUGCUUAUAUGGAUUUAAUUCUGAACAAUAAACAAUCUGGUUAAAUUA